CUCCUCCUCCUCUUCUCUUCUCUUCUCUCUUCUCUCUUCUCUCGUCUUUGCUCUCUUCUCUCUUCUCUCUUCUCUCCCUCUCAAACUCUCAACUGAAAAACCUCCAACAAUCUCAAACCUUCUUCACCACUUCUUGCUUUACUCAUUGAAGGUUUCAGAGUACGUUGUUGUAUCUGUUGAAUUACACAAGCUAGUUCAUGGCGCCCUCGUUUGUCUCGAACCCCGACGCCAGUCUUGACUCGAGUCGCAAGAAACGUCGAAAGCUCAAGGAUGAUCAGAACCCUUCUGCAACUACUCAAUUGAGAUGGAGAUCCGAUAACGAGCAACGGAUCUAUUCAACUAAGCUGGUCGAGGCUCUCCAGAAGGUUCGCCAGGGACCAUCCUCAUCGCCGACGGCUGCCGUCUCCGGCGGGAAAACAGUGAAGGAAGCAGCUGACAGGGUUCUGGCCUUGGCGGCGAGAGGCACGACCCGGUGGAGCAGAGCGAUUCUGACGAGUCGACUCAGGAUGAGAAAGAGGCUUCAGAAGCGUAAGAAGGCGACGGUGAGCGGGAAUAGCCGGUGUAGGAGGGCGGAGGUGAGGAGGAUGAGGAUGCCGGCUGUGCAGAGGAAAGUUAAGAUUCUUAGCCGGUUGGUUCCCGGUUGCCGGAAGGCUCCGUUUCCGAACCUUCUAGAAGAAACAACCGAUUACAUAGCGGCGCUGCAGAUGCAGGUUCGAGCUAUGACGGUUCUGACGGAACUUCUUUCCGGUGCUCCUCCGGCGGCUAGUCGUCUCAACUCCGCGAGUUGACACUAUUGAAUAAUAGGCCAGCCACCCGGCUUAUUGUGCCAGGUGUUUUUUUUUUUUUGGUUUUUGGAGGGGGGGGCUUAUGUAAUUCCUAUAAAUAUUCUAUAUUUAUGAAAUUUUUAAUUCGUGU